CUGUAUAACACUUUCCGCAUGGUAACAGCAUGGCAACGCUGCUGCCAAUAAAGCUACACGUAGACGCUGCGCGAGGCCGCAAAUUCGUUUGAUAAGUAGCGCAAGCGUUUCAUUGGUUGUUCGCUGACCAAUCAACGCGCAACUUCGAUUUUCAUCGUAGCCAAUGAGAGCUCAGCUGGGCUGCGCGCGUGCACCGGUCCUGUCAUAACAAUUUAUUGAAGGCAUUAAUAAUAAAGGUCUGUGUGUUGGUGAAGCCAUGAUGCCAGGCCGUGUGAAAGAGAAAGACAACUCUAGCAAGAAAAGGAAUCGAUAUUACUGGAACACAAGCUGGAGUAAUAGCCUGAAGGAGAUCAGCUGCCUUCUUCCUGUUUCUGAGCCAGCUUGUGGACGAGCUCUUUCUAAGAAAAAGAUACUAAUCCACAUGCUACAGUACUUUGACUUUCUUCAAACCCAUAUUCAGAGAUUACACAGCACGCUCCCUCCUCACUGCCUUCCAGAAACCAAUGACAGAGAGUCCGAUUCCGAGAGUGAAGACACAGCUCUCUCAGAGCCCAGCACACCUCCAUGCAUAUUAAAAGCCAAGCGCAAAUAUAGCUGUGGUCACCCCCGCAAGAAAGACACAUCGAACUCAGAACUGUAUGAUGACAAAAAUCAGACUCUUCAUAAAGAAGGUGAUAGACAUGUAAUGACAGUUACUAAAGGAGAGCGUCCCUAUACACGGCCUGCCGAUGAAACUGCGUGGUCUGCUGAGGACAACAGUUCGCUUCCAUGUUCUUCUGAUUCCAACUACAGUGUUCUGCCAACAACCUCCUCGUCCACAACAGGAAGCACAGUGGAUCUGGAAUCACCUUGUCAAGGAAGCCAGUGCUCUAUUUGUGAUGCUAGGACAGGAAGUGAAGAUGGCGGUCAAGGAAACAAGGAGCUUGCUUCUCCUUUUUCAGGGUCAUUUAUUCUGAAAGACCAGAUGUUUGGAGUUCUUCCUCCUUUGGAAAAAAAACAGUUGGAUGAUAGUCCCAGCCUUCCACAUAUGCCUGUGCUACCAUUUCUGCCACUGCUGGGAUGUCGAGAAGGCCUGAAUCUCAGUCCCUCUCUGCUCACAUCACCAACUCGAGGCCUCAGUCACACACUGCUACCUGAAGGACAGGAGGAACUGCAGAUGUUAUUUGAAGAUGUGUGGGUCACUCCUAACCCUGCUGCGCCGAAGAGCGAGGAAGUGGACAAAUGUUUAGAUGACAUCACCUGGACCCCAAAUCAGCACCAGCAUAUGAAGAAAGGCAGCAAAGGACACCACAAGAUGGCCUGUAGAAAAGGCCAGACUGUUGCAGGCCAGAAGAAGAAAUGUGUGAAUGGAUUUUUAAUGUUCUGUCGCCUGAACAGGAGAUUGUAUCUCAGGACCCACCCAGGACUUCCAUCUACUGUAGUGACCAAAGAGCUGGCUAACUUGUGGCACAUCAUGCCAAAACAAGAGCGGCGCGUUUACUGCCUGAAGGCCCGUCAGUUCAGUCGUGAGCACAACCGUAAUGUCCGCAGUAAAGGCCAGGAGGCAGAAGAGGAAGAGGAGGCUUGCAUUCCCAGUCCACUGCACAUGUUACUGGCACACAGAGACCUGUGGUUUACCUCCAGCGGAAAGGCCUGAACAUGCCCUUUAUUCUCUCGCUGCAAUGACACCACACAAAUCAGACAAAACCUGUCACCAGUAAGUCAAAAGAAGUUGAUCAGCAAAGACAUGUUUGGUCACUGGAAGUUGCUUCAUUUAUUGUUUUGUUCACAAGCAUUAGAAGCUUACAGCCACCGGUUUAGCACCGAAAACUACACCAUGUGGAGAUGUUCAGAUUUGAUGAUGUGGUUUUUUCAAGACAAUUGUUUUUCAGCAGAAGCAUAUUUUGCUUAUUAUUAUGCUAUUUUAUCUACAAACUGAGUCAAACAGUGUAUUUUAAGAUGGGUCUGUGAUGAAUUAGACAUGACGCUAAACUGGUAGCUAUAAGCCUCCAUUACACAGAUAUAAUGUAAUAAUAUAAUAUGAUUAAUAUAAUCUAUAAAUGCAAUAAUAGUAUAUAAUAAAAUGAUAUAAUCUAAUCUAUUACAGGCUUGUAGCUUCUGUACAGAACUGAGGAAGCAACCUCUAGACACCAAACAUAUCAUGCAUGAUCAGCUACCUGUGUAUAGGGAAUACUGUGUACAUUUUUCAUAUUUUGUUCAUUUUCCAACAUAAUGCUGAGUAUUUCAACAUGUCCGUAAUACUGUAAAGUGUAAAUGCUGUGGUCAUUUUUCUUUUCUCAUUUUUCAAGUCUCAGUUAAUUUUUAGAGGCUUUGGAUAUUUUUAAAAGCAGUUUAUAAGUUGGAUUGUAAUUUAGGAAUUUAAUAAUAACAUAAAACUACAG